AUGGACCGGAACCCUUUCAAAUCUGUCAACGACCGUAGAAGCAAGAUCGUGGCGGACCGCGGCAACGUGACUCUCUUCCAGCAGGGACAGGGUCAGGGGCAAGCUUUGCAGGGCUCGGCACUACGAUCCAGCAUCCAGCAGCAGCUGGCCCCGUCGUCUCCUUCCCGCAGCCUCGCCUCUUCCAACUGGAGAUCCCACGCGGUCGACGAGAUGGCAUCUCCGGCUCGCGGCGGCGGCAGCGGUAGUAGUGGCAACGUGUACAGUCCGUUCGGUUCGCCCGCCGGCGGCCAGCAACAGCAACCCUUGCAACCGGGCUCCGCCAUCCGCGGCGCCUCGUCAUCGUACGCCACCCACGGCAUGGAGCAGUAUCAUAGCCAACACCAGGCCUCGGCCCUCGUCACCGCUCCGUACUCGAACCUGGGCGCCUUCUCAGAUAUGCAGCUCGACGCCAGCUACGCCUACUGCUACGACCGCGGAAACGGCCAGUACACGCGCUUGAUCCCCGCGGACAUGCUGCCGGCUCUGAAGGAGAUCCCCGCGCUGCAGCAGGGCUGCGCCGGCAUGGUAGUGGUGCCGCUACCGCGGGCCCUGCCUCCAAACGGCCGGUCGAGCAACACCGAGAUGGUCUUUCCCCGAAGCCCGCCUCCUACACCGACUUCGCCAUCUGAUACUAUACAGUCCCGCAUCGACACCAUCGUCGGAUCCGUGCCGUCAACCCCGACCCGCGCGACCCUCACUCUCACCAGCGCGUCGGCAGGCCCGUCAACCGCCCUCGUGCUAGCCCGCUCGUCGCCGCCGCCGCCGCCGCCGCCGCCGCCGCCGUCGUCGUCCUCGCCGGCGGUGCACACGCAGGCGCAGGCCCACGGCCACCACCACGGCCGCCCGACCCAAGUCCACGCGCCGCCGGCGCGCCGCCCCAAGGUCUACUGCGACAAGUGGGUGCACGAGGGCGUGUGCGCGUUCACGCAGCAGGGCUGCAAGUUCAAGCACGAGAUGCCGCUGGACCGCGCGACGCAGCACCAGCUGGGCCUGUUCCACGGCCUGCCCGCGUGGUGGAAGAAGCACCAGGCCGAGCUCGCGCGCCAGCGCGAGCCCCUGCCCCUGCCCCUGCCCGCCGUCCCGUUCGAGCCCGGUCUCACCGCCGAGGACCGCUUCCUCGGACACGGCGGCACCCCGGCUGUAGCCGCCCGAGGCGCCGGGGGGGAGCUGGGCGUGAUACCAGGACCGGCCGCAGCGAUGGGCCCACCCCCCGCGCCCCAGAACUUGGCCUGGCGGCGCGGCGUCGCUGCCCCCGAGAGCCCGCACGAUCAGAAGCCGCUGUCUGACAACCGCUUCAUGAGUCGAGGCGUGAGCGUGCGGAAUCCGAUCGCAUCCUUCGGCUCCUCGCCCUUCGGCCCCAUCGGGCCCCCGCCGCGCAUCUCAACCGGCACCGCCGCGCCGGGACCCCCUACGCUGCCGGCCCCCACCCCCGUCUCUCCCUCUACUACCACCGCUGGCGCCAGCACCCUCGCCGCCGGGGCGAGCCCGAGGGCCUCCGGCUCCGACGGCCGCGAAGCCAAGACGCCGCCGCCGCCGCCGCCGCUGCGAGAAAAGACGAGCGCGUCUUCGUCUGCCACCAAGUCGAACCCGCCUACCGCGGCUGCUGAUGCUGCUGCUGCUGCAGGCGGCGGCAGAGGCGCAGGCGCAGGCGCAGCCAGGAACGCCGGAGCCGUCCCCACCGCCAAUCCGUUCGCCUCGCUCGUCGCCCUCGACGAGAGCGACGGCAGCGCCGCGGGCGCCGACGCUGACGACGAGCGCGCCCCGGCCCCGGCCUCUAGCGGAGCGCGGCUGUCCUAG